UAAACUUUUGGGGGGGUGGACUGAUUUGUUGGUGGAAAAAGGUCAGUUAUUAAAAUAUACAGGUCCAUCAUCAUUCCUCCAUUCUUUCUAUCUGGUUCAAGAUGUUCAAGUGUGGCCUGAAGAGGGAUGUGGUCUGAAGAGGGGUGUGGUCUGAAGAGGGAUGUGGCCUGAAGGGGGUGUGGCCUGAAGAGGUUUUCUAACCCCCCCACUUUAGGAAGCACACAAAGAUGAACAGUCAGCUAGAAUGCAGUGUAGCCUGUUAAACCUGUCUGGUGAUGACAACACUAAAGUUACUUACAGCUUCUGAUCAGUAAUGUAACAGGUGGGUUAGAAUCUGAUCCUCAAUCUGAUCUUAGUCCUGACUCGGGGAAGAACAGGUGGGUUAGAAUCUGAUCCUCAAUCUGAUCUUAGUCCUGACUCGGUGAAGAACAGGUGUGUUACUGUCAUACAGCCUCCAUUUUGACUGAGACACAGAGGAGACUUGCGAGACAGCAGAGUGACACAACACACAACUACAAUCAGUACACAAGAACCUCAGCUCUCUUCCUCUCCUCCCUGUCUGCUACGGUGGGCUCCUCUCCCCCUAUCUGCUAUGGGGGGCUCCUCCUCUAAGAAGACUGUAUUUGGGGGGAGAAAGAAGAAACAGGACUCAGUGUUGACCUGGAGUGAACUGAAGGGGGCACUAUCCAGUAAGAAACAGAAGAGAAGCAUCAUUAUUCCUCCUCUGGACAAACUGUCAGUGGAUAACCUGAAGAGGGAGGUCCUUACUCCCAAUAAUACGUUUUCAGUGGCCGGGAAGAGGAAGGAGUCGCUGUCAAUCAAGAGGCUGUCAUUGGGUAACUCUAGGAAGGAGUCAGUGUCACCGAAGUCUCUCUCUCUGGGUAAGAGGAAGAAAGGAGAGCAGAAGAUAUUCUCUCUGCUUAACACCAAGAAGGAAUCACCUCCUCCACCACCAGCCAAAAAUAAAUUCUCUCUGCUUAACACCAAGAAGGAAUCACCUCCUCCUCCACCAGCCAAAAAUAUAUUCUCUCUGCUUAACAUCAAGAAGGAAUCACCUCCUCCACCACCAGCCAAAAAUAUAUUCUCUCUGCUUAACACCAAGAAGGAAUCACCUCCUCCACCACCAGCCAAAAAUAUAUUCUCUCUGCUUAACAUCAAGAAGGAAUCACCUCCUCCACCACCAGCCAAAAAUAUAUUCUCUCUGGUUAACAUCAAGAAGGAAUCACCUCCUCCACCACCAGCCAAAAAUAUAUUCUCUCUGCUUAACACCAAGAAGGAAUCACCUCCUCCACCACCAGCCAAAAAUAUAUUAUCUCUGCUUAACAUCAAGAAGGAAUCACCUCCUCCACCACCAGCCAAAAAUAUAUUCUCUCUGCUUAACACCAAGAAGGAAUCACCUCCUCCUCCACCAGCCAAAAAUAUAUUAUCUCUGCUUAACAUCAAGAAGGAAUCACCUCCUCCACCACCAGCCAAAAAUAUAUUAUCUCUGGUUAACAUCAAGAAGGAAUCACCUCCUCCACCACCAGCCAAAACGAUAUUCUCUCUGGUUAACAUCAAGAAGGAAUCACCUCCCAAAGAGAGAUUAUCCCUGGCAAAUGUUAACCCCUUACUUUAAACCUGACCUCGGCCCUGGACAGAGAGACGGAUGGAUGGACAGGCAAGCAGACAGGACAGACCGGUGGACAGAGAGACAGGUGGAUGGAUGGACAGACAGUCAGAGAGACCGGUGGACAGAGAGAGACAGGUGGACAGAGAGUGUUUAACUUCUAGUUUGUGUCUUUAUUCUCGUUCCUAGCAGCAUCAUAAAGACAGACAUGAUCAAGCGAUGGCCGCCGCCAGGCAUAACCAAGCGAUCAGGCAGACAGACACAGAUUAGGAAUGUGUUCAUUUUUCUGGCUUUAUUUAGAGAUGUUUUGGUACAAAAAUAAAACUAAAAAACAGUAACAGAUUUUUUUAAAUGAAAGAGAAAAAUAACAGCUUCUCAACAUGUAGUCUGUAAUUUGGGGAAAUUAUUUUUAUGGUGAAAAAUGUUUUCAUAUGUGCUUAUGAAAAUAAUGCAUAUUAACAGGCAUAUUUCAAUAUUCAUAACCAGCAUUUCCCUUUUAUAGUUUCUCAGUUAUAAACAUUUUCCCUUUUCAGAGAUGAUUUCAGCCAGUAAUGGUGAGAGUUGGGGUACGUACCAGUAAUCUCUCCUUAAGGGUGCACCCGUUCACUACAGAGUCAGAGAUGGACAGACAGUCAGAGAGAGGGAGAGAUGGACAGACAGUAACAGAGAGACCGAUGGACAGACAGUAACAGAGACAGAUGGACAGACAGUAACAGAGAGACCGAUGGACAGAC